AUGGAAGCGUUAAAACAACAGACAGAACAACUACGAAUUGAAGUUCAACUACAACGAAAAAAGGUCUCCGAGACAUCGAAGGGAUUAAUUGAAUAUUGCGAAAAAAACAAAAACAACGACGCAUUAGUCAGUGGACCAUCUGAUGCUCAGAAUCCGUUUCAAGAGAAGAAAUCAUGCAAUCUGUUGUGA